AUGGAUAUUUGGAACUUAUACUUGGCCAUCUUCAUUGGUCAAUUGGUUCUUCGAGCCGUUAAUUGGUAUGUCCCUACUGAAUUCAAUGGGGCCACAUGUGCUUAUAUUAAGAAUGAUGAUACUAAAAGUAAAAAGGUUGGAAAUAUAAACAUUGCCGUUGAAUACUUAACCCUUAAAGAUAAAUCAGAUAGUUUAGAGUUGGAUCUCCCUGUAUUGAUCUUUAAGUAUACUGACCGUACCAAUUUCACAAACAUUCCAACCUUAGAUGAGUUUAGAAAGCAUUAUCAUACCCCAGAUGUUAAAUUUAAUGAAGAUUUAAUUAACUUUAAUGAUAAUAAAUUCAACUUACAUCUUGUUGAAGAUGAAAUUUUAAAUGAAAAUCAUAUCCUUAAUGAUCAUCUUCAUUAUAAUCCUCAAUUGACCCAAACUUCCGUCAUUAAUUUCAAAGUUAAAAGAUCAGGUUUAUAUUGUGCUUAUGUGGCCGUACCUCCCAAUGCUAAAAAUGUUGAAUUAUCAACUCAUUUCGAGAACUCAUACGGUCAAUUAAGUUAUUAUCAAUACUUACAUUCUAAUCUCCUAAUCUACUUUACCAUUGUGGGAGGUAUCAUAACUAUCUAUUUAAAUCUUUAUAUUCAAAAAUUUAAAACUAAAGGGGAAGGCAUACUUGAUAGAAAAUCAAUUUCACUGAUUUCAAAUAGUAUCGUAUAUCUUUUCACCUGGAAAGUAUUAUUUGACUUUAUCUUAAUAUUUGCCUUGAAUUAUCUAAAUGAUAGUUCUGAAAAUAAUUCCAAUAGUUUAUCAAUUUAUGGUGGAUCCUUAGAUAAUUUAAUCACAAAUGCAAUUGUAUUACUGGCUUGGGGAUAUGGAAUCAUUACAAAUAAAACGGAUGACACUAAAGAUCGACUUCAUUCAUUGGUCAUGGUUCUGCUGAUGUUACUUGUCAUUACUGCAUUUGUGGCUGAUGAUUAUGUUAAUUUCCCUGCUCAUUUCACUUCAAAACAAUAUUUGGAACUCAUUUACUCAUUAUCUUUUGCUAUAAAGGAACUCAUACCAGCAUUAUCUAUCAUCCUCAUUCCAAUUGGUUUCUACAAAACUCAAAAGGCAAUGGUUGAUAAAAAAGAUACUCAAUAUUUGAACCCGCUCAAGUAUUCAUUACUCUUCUUACUUAUUUCCCCAUUCAUAGUCACCAGUAUAACAAGUUUAAUAUUCAACGUUGAUUACAUUCAACUCUGGUUAUUCAACAGCACUUAUGAUCUUGUCUCAUCCAUCAACAGUUUAAAGAUUGUUUUCUUUGAUGUUUUGGAUCCAACUGUAUCAGAAAUAUCAAGAUUAGAUCCAAAUCUUAAUUUAGCCAGUAUUUGGAGUCAAUAUUUAACUCUUUAUGCUAAUGUUAUUUUCUUAUUUUUCAUUUGGGUUAAAGAUAAUAAAGGAUUAUUAAAUGACCCUGUCAAAGUUAAAACUUCAUAG